AUGCGUAGCAUAAUUAUUAACUUUUAUUUAUUUUUAUAUCCUCAUUCUAAAAGUAUUGGCCUUAACUUUUGCUUUCUCACAUGGUUCGAGCGAAUUACAAUCAUCGUUAUCUUAAUUAACUGCGUUACUUUAGGCUCUUAUAAUCCAGCUGGUCAAUUUAAAAAUAAUACUUGCGUGGAUAGCACAUGUCAAAUAACGAGUGUGGUCGACAAUAUUAUAUUUGGUUAUUUUGUAGUAGAAAUGAUUAUCAAAAUGGUCGCUUUAGGUGUUUUUGGUAAAUAUGCCUAUUUUUCAAGUGGCUGGAAUCGAUUAGAUUUUAUAAUUGUCUUAACUGGAUGCCUGGAAUAUUUAAUUAAUGAAGGAGAGUUUUUAACGAUUAUACGUACAGUCCGCGUUUUAAGACCACUAAGAGCAAUUAAUCGCGUUCCGAGCAUGCGGUUAUUGGUUAAUCUCUUACUAGAUACUUUACCAUUACUUGGCAAUGUUUUAAUGUUAUGCUUCAUAGUAUUUUCUAUAUUUGGUAUCGUUGGUGUUCAAUUAUGGAAAGGUAUUCUGCGUAGCCGAUGCACUUUACAACAGAAUAUCACUGCGCCACCAGGCAUCUUUUUAUAUCGAUACUAUUUACCGAGCUACGAAGAUCCUGACUAUGUUUGCAGCUUACCUGAGUAUAAUGGGAUCCAUCACUGUAGAGAUCUAACAUUAUCCAACCUAACGUUAGACUUAACAUGCAAAAUAACAAACCAAACAUUAGCCAGUCAGUAUGGGGACGGAACAUGUACAGAAUAUCUUCAGUUCUACGAUACAUGUAGUACCAGCGGACCAAAUAUAUUCUACGAUAAUAUUUCAUUUGACAACUUCGCUAUGGCAUUUAUAGCAAUAUUUCAGGUAAUUACGUUAGAAGCAUGGGUAGAUAUCAUGUAUGCCAUUCAAGAUGGACAUGCUUCCAUAGAUUGGAUCUAUUUUGUAAUUUUAAUAUUGAUUGGUUCCCUCUUUUUACUCAAUUUUACAUUGGUGGUUAUGGCUACGCAAUUUUCUGAAACUAAACGUAGAGUUACUAAAAAAGCAAGAAAUAGCCCAUCUGCUAUAAGAUCUCGUCGUGGCUCAUUUAGCACAUUGUCUAGCAGCGCCGAAUCGCGGACAUGCUAUAAUGAAACAAUUCGUUUAAUACGCCGCAUAAUACUAUACAUAGCAUAUUUGAUCCAGCAAUUCUAUAGUCGAUGUUUAAAAAAAAUAUCAACAUAUUUAGCAUUUCGAUUAGAUAAUUGGCGUCAACGAUCUUACUCUCAGAAUACUACUACAACCAGCCAAAUCUAUCAGGAAUCAGCACUUCGUGAUCGAUUAGGAAAGCGUAAUGGUGAUCUUGCAAUCAAUAAUUCGCUAUACGAUGGAACAACUGAUAAUGACGGCGAUACACCUAUCCAUCCGUUAGAAAGUAAUACCGAAUUACAAUUAUUCAAUUUUCAACUCCGUCAUCAACCGGAUGGUGUAAGUUUGACUACCGAUCUAUCCAAUAAACUUACCAAUUAUCAAAAAUUAAAGCAGCGGAUCCGACGACUUCGAGUUCGCUGUUGUAUAUUCACAAAGAGUCAAAAAUUUUCUUUAAUCGUUUUAUUUGCAAUUCUCGCCAACACGAUUGUAAUGGCUAUUGAGCAUCAUAAUCAGCCCACGUAUCAAAUCCAAGCCUUGGAAGUUUGCAAUAUCAUUUUUACGAUAUUCUUUACCCUGGAAAUGGUAUUUAAGCUCUUCGCGCUGGGCUUACUACACUACGCUAAAGAUAGUUUUAACGUUUUCGAUGCCAUCAUUGUCAUAGUUAGCCUUGUUGAAAUUGCUACUGAUGGCAAGGGAUUAUCUGUUCUACGAUCUUUCCGAUUAUUGAGAAUCUUUAAGAUUGUUCGCUUUCUGCCAACACUACAACGUCAAAUGAUGGUCAUGGCGCAAACAUUCGAUAAUGUUGUCAUCUUUCUUGGAUUACUAUUCCUAUUUAUGUUCACUUUCAGCAUAUUAGGAAUGCAUCUUUUCGGUAAUCGAUUCUGCUUAGCACGCGUAAAGGAUGGCCCAGUCGUUUGUUCGCGUAAAAAUUUCGAUAGUUUACUAUGGGCAUUUGUAACGGUCUUUCAGAUUUUAACACAAGAAGAUUGGAACGUCGUCAUGUAUGAUGGGAUGUUAGCUCGUGGUAAAUGGGCUGCAAUUUACUUCCUAGCUUUGGUCACAUUAGGCAAUUAUGUGCUACUUAAUCUAUUGGUUGCUAUAUUAGUUAACGGUUUCCAAGAGCAGGAGAAGGAUUUGCAAGGAAUUCCCACUACACAAAUUGUUGAAGGUUAUUAUGGUAAAAGCACACCGAUUUGCGAUCAUCAAAGUUGUGCUAUGGAAUCAUCUGCAUUAAGUCAGUCAAACAAGAGAGAAGAAGAUGGUGAUAGUCAAACUGAAUUCUAUAUACGAACUUUCCAAUCUUCGUCUUUAUCGUGCAAUCACAAUCAAGAAGAAGAACAACAACAACUACCAAAUCUGGUAGAUCCUAAUGAAGUCCAAAUAUUUCCGUGUCGCGUUCCAAUUGGUCCUCGAGAUCCACCACAGAGCAAAAAUAAAUUUGCAAAGUUAAGACGCCUGAUGCCAUGGUCAAAACAGAAAUGGCAAGCAAUACGUCGAAAAUAUUGGAUUUGCCCCGAAGAAGUGAAUAACCCUAACUGGCUAACAAGACAUCGGAAUCAUUCCUUGCUCAUACUACCUAAAGAAAAUAGGUUUCGGAAAUGGUGUAAAAAUGUGGUUAAAAAUCCCUACUUCGAUCGUAUUAUAUUGGUAGUUAUCAUUUUUAACUGCGUUACAUUGGCCAUGGAAAGACCAGGAAUAGAUCCGAAUAGUAUGGAAAGGCAUUUCUUAAACUUGAUGGUUAUCAUCUUUACCUUCAUCUUUACAAGCGAAAUGAUAAUCAAGGUUGUAACCGGCGAUAAAAGCUAUUUGAGAAAUGGCUGGAACGUUCUUGAUUUACUUUUGGUUAUUAUUUCAUGGGUGGAUCUAAUUAUAACAUAUACUGGUGGUGCCUCUAAUAUCUUGGGAGUUUUACGGAUACUACGUGGAUUUCGCACCUUACGUCCACUCAGAGUUAUUAAUCGUGCUCCUGGAUUGAAGCUGGUCGUUCAAACGCUAUUCUCUUCCUUGAAAGCUAUUGGCAACAUUGUUAUAAUAUGUGUAGCUUUCUUUGUUAUUUUUGGUAUUUUAGGAGUUCAGUUGUUUAGCGGCAAAUUUUACUACUGUAAAGCUACUGAUGAUGUGGAAAAUAAGACUCAGUGCGUUGAGCAAUAUGGACUAUCAGAAUGGGUUAAUCGACCGUAUAACUUUGAUGAUUUAGUCAAUGCUUCUCUAUCACUUUUUGUCAUUAGUAGUAAAGACGGCUGGAUGGAUAUUACAUAUCAUGGCAUUGAUGCCCGAGGUGUUGAUUUGCAACCAAAGAAGAAUCAUAACGUUGUGGUCUUACUCUAUUUCAUCUCCUUCCUUUUAUUGGUUGGAUUUUUCGUAUUAAAUAUGUUUGUUGGAGUAGUAGUUGAAAAUUUUCAUAAAUGCCAGGAGGAACAUGAGCGAAGACAGCGAGAAAAGAAAAGAAAUAGAAAGUUACAACGAGCUAAAAAGAAUCAAAAUAAAGCAAAUGCUAAGAGUGUGUCCCAGAUAUUUUGCAUAAAGAAAGUAAAAGAGAAGAAAAAAAAUCAUAUACCACCAGUGGAAGAUUAUCCAGCGUGGCGUCGAAAGUUAUACCGAUUCUGUGUUCAUCGUUAUUUCGACAUUACUAUUACCAUUGUGAUUGCAGUUAAUAUUAUUUUUAUGGCGACUGAGCACUAUAAAAUGUCUCAGGCUUGGGAAGAAGUCCAUAAAUAUGCAAAUUAUUUCUUCACUGUUGUCUUUACAUUGGAAGCUGUAAUCCAUUUAGUGGCAUUUGGUGUUGUAUAUUAUUUCAGAGAUCGGUGGAAUAUCUUUGACCUGUUAAUCGUUAUACUAAGUUGGACUGGUAUUAUUAUCGAAAGCCAGGUCCUUAGCAAUCCAACAAUUAAUCCUACUAUUAUUCGAGUCAUGAGAUUGUUAAGAAUUGUACGAAUAUUGAAACUAAUUAAAGCAGCAAAGGGUAUCCGAUCUCUCUUACGAACGAUUAUGAAUGCAAUGCCACAGGUGGUCAAUUUGGGUAUGCUAUUUUUUCUAUUAUUCUUUAUAUUUGCUGCGCUCGGUAUUGAAUUGUUUGGCCGUUUAGAUUGUACAACGGACAAUCCUUGUAAUGGUUUAAGUCAGCACGCUAAUUUUAAAACAUUUGGCAUGGCUAUGUUGACAUUAUUUCGUAUUGCAACGGGUGAUAACUGGCAAGGUAUUUUACAGGAUACUUUAAGAGAGAAUUGCGAUAGGAGUGAAAAUUGCCAGCAAAAUUGUUGCUCCAACCCUAUCUUGUCUUCAUUAUUUUUUGUGAUCUUCGUUUUAGCAGCUCAAUACGUCUUAACCAAUGUUGUCGUCGCUGUCCUGAUGAAACAUUUAGAAGAAUCUGACGAGAAAGAA